AUGCAUAAUGUGUUUAACUUGGUAUAUAACGUGUGUUAGAAUGUACCAACUGAGAAGGCCUAAUGCCGGAUUUGGACUGUGCAACCUUGCUUAUGUCGCUAUAGGACUGUACAGUUGAGAGGGUGUAUGAUCCGUAUGAUAAAAAUGGUUAGGCCUAUUUAUUCUUUACCUGACUGUAAUCGUUUGUCAGUCGAUAUUAAUUUAAUUGAAUGAGUGUGAAUGAUUUGCGUGUUAUUGCUUUAAUAUUUAAUUAGUUUAUAAUUGGGUAAAUACGAUGCAAGUUCCGUCAGCGAGAACAAUAGCAGAUUGCACAGCCGGUAUUUAAACUGCUGAUAGCCUAAAGACUGAAUUACCGCAUCAAAAAUCGGACAUAUCUAGACGGACAUAGAAAGACUAUGGCGACGUUAACAAGCCAGGACUCAAACGCUCAAGCGCGGGUUUAUUUCCAAACGCCUCCGGGUACCGAAGACACAGAAGUAGUCCAGAAACAAGGACGGGUAACCGUCAAAUACGACAGAAAAGAGCUGAGGAAGCGACUCAAUUUGGAGGAGUGGAUAAUUGAGCAGUUAACGGAUUUAUAUGACUGUGAGGAGGAGGAGAUUCCAGAGUUGGAGAUUGAUGUGGACGAGCUGUUAGAUAUGCCCACGGAUGGAGACAGGGCGUCCAGGGUCAAGGAUUUGCUGGUUGACUGUUACAAACCUACAGAAGACUUCGUCACAGCUCUUCUAGAGAAGGUUAAAGGUCUGCAGAAACUCAGCACUCCUCCCAAAAAGAAUGAAAAAUCUCCUACUUAGCCUCAGAACGACCAAGACAUAACGACUAGAUUCUCCACAGGGACAUCCAGCUAGAACCCUUUAGCACCUAGAAUUCCUCAGUCAGCAGGAUUGAUAGAGGGAAGAUGAUCGACCAAUCAAAUCUCUGCAGCAGAGAUUACUGUCUCUUUCUUUGUUAAACAACUUCUUGUCGAUUUAUAAUCAUGUUAUACAUAUACAGUAGUAAGUGAUGAGUGUUAUAAUAAUAUAGUAUAGCAUUGACUGAUUUGUUGACACAGAGAAAGAACUUGAUGACGUUUGACUUGAGCUAUAAGUCACCAGCAAAGCAAGACACAUUCAUAAACUUCAUGAUAGCUCCUAGCCAUUCAUAACAGAGGCAGCUAAUAUGCAGUCAAACAAAUCUAACUCUUUGGUUAGUUAGUCAGCUUAUAUUAACGUGUGUGUAUAAUGACAGCUUGAAAUAGUAAUUGUCACUGGUUGGUAAUAGCUGGAGCCAUGUCAUUUUUACAAUGUCAUUUUAACUAUUGGAUUUAUAGAUCAAGCAAAGUGUUACAAUGAUUCUGUGUGGGAUACAGUAGUUAAUGCAGUUUGUUUGUUUAAUGAUUUAAUGCCGAGCGCUAUCAUUUUCAAAUAUAUUUCUUAAGCUAGCGUGAAGGGCUUUCUAACAUUUUACACUAACAUGCUUUGGGUGGACAGUAUACCUUUAACGUAAGCAAGGGUGGACAGUAUUGAAAACAAACACCAGCACACCAGAUAUUAGGCACUGUAACAUCUGGUUUAUUUCAUGGUGCAAAUACAGUUAUGAUAAAGGCAUCUAUUUAAUGAAUUAUCUCUACAGUGAUCACCUAUGAGCCCUAACAUAACAUCUGGUUAAACUGUUUUCUCUCCACACCCUGGUGCCUGAGGCUUAGACUGUGAGGGGUGGGUGUACAUCUUUCAGACAUGUCCUAUCGGGCCUGAGCUUUAUAUUGCCCCCCCCCCCCCACCCCAACCAAAUACACCUAUUUGUCAUUGACCCACAACCACUGCUAGUGAUUGGAAAGGCCUUAGAAGAAACAUUUAUGAAUGUUUUGACUAUCGUGGAUUUGAACGUGACGGUUGUCCCUUGAGUGUAGCAAUGUACAAUGUAUUGGUUUCCACUGUAUCUGAGACAUUUCCUUCACAUGUUGAUAUCAAUGUCAUGACUGUGUGUACCAUUAACCUAUAGUACCUCAUGGUGAUGUCAUUUUGGCCAGAUUCAGUGCAUCCUGUAGGGCCUACAUCACUCUGAAGACUUGUUAGACUAUAAACCGGGUUACUGCAUUAACUUAGAGUAUAUCUGCUGGAGGUAGGUGACUGCAUUAUCUGUGGUGUGAGUGUUCAAGAUGUGAUUGCAAAACUGUAGUGAUGUAAUGUAGCAAUACCUACUGGUGCUGUUUGCCAAUUUGUUACAUUUUUAUUAAAAUGUGUUUUACCUACUCUUA